AUGUCUCCGUAUCCCUACCAUCCAAAUCUAUCUCCUCCACAUCCGACUACGCCUGAAUAUGAAGUCCCUUCGGCAACGCUACGUGGGGGCACGCUCCUCCACAAGGGAUUCUACGACCUACUCUCUCUAAUCCCGUCGAUCCCUAGCACUCCUCCGUCUCGGCUGUUUUGGCCCGCACAUUCUCAGAGCCCCGAGAAUGAUCUCAUUCCUGGUCCAAGGUACGAGGAGAUCCCAGGCAACGGUGCGCCGAAACCGCCUCUACCACCAGCUCCGCCCGCCGCGUCCCCCGCGCCAAGGAAUCUAAAGACACGGAAGAUCAGCAAGGACAUGGUAUCGAAGCCGACAGGAUUCAUCCAUCUGGUCCACGCAUCUGACGCUGGUCAGGCUGAAGCACUUCUUACGCGCUGGGGUCCGGAAGGUCAGGGUAAAUUGGGAGACCCUCGCUGGGCCGAUCCCAUUAAAGACAAGAUCAGGCAGAUGAACCAAGCCAGAGCGAUCAAUGAGGUUGUCAGCGCCCUCAAGGAUAUUCCAAUUAGCUCAGGAGGGGGUGACGCGCCCAAGCUACCACCGCUCCGAGUGGUCAACGGCAUAAGCACGCCAACCACUUCCUCUAUCCUUACGACAGCUGCGCGAGAGAAUGUCUCUCUGUCCCCCCUGUCUCCGACCUUCCAGCCACAGAUGUCGCAGCCGCAGGCGCCGGCCCCAUCAGCCCAGGCUUUACCCAUUCUCGGACAACCAGGAAACUCGACGAUUCGUUGGACCGCUGGCCUACCGGCGCAUCCCGAGAACGACCAAGAGGAUGCAGCCGCUAUGGAUUCAGACCACGAGUAUCCGGAGAUACCGACGCCGCGAUUCAGAAAACCAAUCACGCCGUCCUUGGCCACGCUCGAGAAAGCGGUCGCCGCCAAGAUCUAUUUCGAGAACCUGUACUUCCCGCUUUUACGUCAGCCGCCGUCUCGCGAACAGAGACGGCUGGCUAUGGAGAAGGAAAUGGCCAGCAUGCAAAUGAGCGAGGCACAGAAAGAGAACAUCCGUCAUCGCUGGAGGCAAAACGAAACUGACUAUCUCCGUGAACGCCGUCGGAAAGUUGAUGUCAAUGCCUUCGUCAAACUCAAGACCAUUGGACACGGUGCCUUCGGCGUCGUCUCUCUUGUCCGCGAGCGUUCUACGAGCCAACUCUUUGCCAUGAAACAGCUUCGAAAGACCGACAUGCUCCGGAAAGGUCAGGAGGGACAUGUGCGUGCGGAGCGUGACCUUCUUCGGUCGGCAUCGCUUGUCAGCACCCCCGGCUCUGCUGAGUGGAUCGUCAAGCUCUUCUACAGUUUUCAAGAUCGCGACCAUCUAUACUUGGUACUCGAGUAUAUGGGCGGGGGAGAUCUCCUUAACCUCCUGAUAGAACGAGAUGUUUUCGAAGAAGACUUCACUCGGUUUUAUGUGGCCGAGAUGGUGCUUGCCAUAGAAUCGUGCCACAAACAUGGGUUCAUUCACAGGGACAUUAAGCCGGAUAACUUUUUAUUCGACCCGGAGGGACAUAUUAAGCUGAGCGACUUUGGCCUCGCCACUGACCUGCAUUGGGCGCACGACACGUCCUACUACGAACAGCAACGCCUGCACCUCCUCCACAAGCACGGCAUUGAUCUCGAAGACAGCAAUGCCCUUGGGGAUGGCACGAGGACAAAGCGUUUGGAUCGAAAGGAGGUGGAACGCCUGAUGGGCGGUGGCGAUGGUCAAGGUGGCGUCUUCACUUGGAGAGAGAAGCACCGCCGUAAGCUGGCUUACUCUGUUUGCGGUACAAACUCGUACAUGUCUCCGGAGGUUAUCAGAGGGCAUGGGUACACGUUUUCCUGCGACUGGUGGAGUCUCGGAGUAAUCAUGUUUGAGUGUCUCUACGGCUUCCCGCCGUUCGUUAGCAACUCGCGGCAUGUCACCAGACAGAAGAUCUUGAACUGGAAGCAGUCCCUCCGCUUCCCCUCGCGCCCGAGGGUUUCGCAUGAAGGCGUGAACCUGAUGGAGCAACUCCUGUGCGAGCCGGAGGACCGUCUCGGAUCACAAGCCUCGUCCUCCGUUAGCAGACCAAACUCCAUGAUCAUGCAAGCUCGACGCAGCGGGUUCGUCACGCCUCAAGGCACUAUGGGCAGCGUGGACGGCGCACAUUUGAUCAAGGCGCAUCCGUGGUUCCGCGGGAUAGACUGGGAGAAUAUUCAUAGGUACCCCGCUCCAUACCAGCCUGAGCUGCGCAACCCUGAGGACACCAGGCACUUCGACGAUGACAUCCCUUCCGAACCUCUCGCGCCUGCGAAUGGUGCUGCUGCAGACGCGACCCGGGACCCCGUGCUGCGCGAUAGGACCCACGGGGAAGAAAUUCUUGAGGUGCGCAAGGCCCUAGCCUUCGCUGGUUUCACGCACAAGAGCCCUCGGGUCAUCAGCUACGUCCGCGCGGACAAGGCGUUCGAUCCCGAGCCCGAUACCUACGGUCAGGAUGAGCCGGAGAGGGGCCGCUCCACGAUCCGUGAGUUCCGGGACGUGGGCGCAGGCCGGGCGAUGUCGCUGUGA